AUGGGCCAGAAACCAAGCAAAGUUCAUAUCACAGAAACGGAUAAAGCCAUACUACAACUAAAACGUUCAAAGGAUGAGAUACACAAGUAUACUAAGAAGAGUGAUCGUCUUAUAGCGAUUGAGAAGGACCGGUUAAAACAGCUCAUACAUGAUAAUCCUAAGACUUACAAAAAAGACACCAAGGUACGAUUUCUACUCAAAAAGAUACAUUACCAAGAGCACCUCCUUCAACAAGCUUCAGAUCAGCUAAUAAACCUUGAAAACAUGGUUUCUACCUUAGAGUUCAAGAUGGUAGAAAAAGAGUUCGUCUCAGGCUUACAGACAGGUAAUGAAAUAUUAAAAAAACUAAAUGCUGAGUUCAAAGAUGUUGACAAGCUUAUGGAUGAUGUACAGGAUCAGAUCGAGUAUCAAGCUGAGGUCGAUAAUGCCUUGGCGAAUAGUGUUGUUGGUACUAACACUUUUGAGGACGAACUAGAUCGUGAAUUAGAUCAGCUAGAUAAGGAAGUAAAUGGUUUACCAGAACUGCCUACUACAGAAGGACUACCCGCAUUCGAUAAUAGACAAAAAGAAAAGAAUGAGGUAGAAAGGAUUAACAAUCCCCAACAAAACACGGAAAUUCAGAGCAAAAAAGAAGAAGCUUUACCUGCAUGA